UUCUCCUCGUUACAAAAAACUCUUCCUCCUCCUUUUCCCGACCACUCCCAGUUUCCGUCGCUAAAACUAAAAAAAAACGCGAUGCAUACGUUGGGAGAAACCACGAGGAGGGAAAUGGAGGAUUUCCGGGCGGCCAACGACCGGAUGUACAACAACGCCGGUGAAUGGAACUACGACGAGCCGACCAACAACGUCGGGCUGGCCGUCUUCUCCCACGACGUCGCCAAACUCGAGCCGCCGCCGGGGCGGGCGAACAAACUGAUCGUGGCCUCGACCGGCUCGCCGUUGCCGAUUGUGGUGUCGUCGGCGGCGGCAAGGAACUACCGGCAGGCGUACAAGAAGGCGAGGGCGAGGAGCGAGGCGGAGGCGAAGCGGCAGAAGAGGGUGGUGAAGUACCGAUCGUACGCGACGGAGAGUCGGGUGAGGGCGUCGGUGAAUAGCGGGCUGCGGUGGUUGAAGAACCUCGUGCGUUGAUUGAUCAAUGUAUAUGUGGGGAUUUUUUUUUAAUGACUAAAAAAAUGACGAAUCGUUGUAAAUAGUUGAUUUAGCGACGAGAUUUCGUUGCAAAUGACCCCUUAAUUUUAUAUUUCGGAUCAUUCUGUUAGGGGAAAAAUUUAAUUGUUUUGAAUUUUCCCCUGAUACAUUCAGAAUGGUUAUCAGUUAACUAACCUACUGGUUAGUUUUAAAUUCGAUCAAGCGACAGGCAAAUCAUGUGUUCGUUUUCGGGAGUUGUAAUCCAUCAUAUUUUCAAAUGCUUAACACAAUAUAAUCAUCUCGUAGUUUUGGGAGAUAAGUUGAUUAGGUGGUGUAAUUCAUGGUUAAAAUUUCUAAAGUUGAGAGCUUGACUAGGAAUAUUUAACAAGCAUGUACUACAAUGAAUCGUUUUGUAAGAU